AUGACUCACUCCUUUGUUCAAGCUUCAGAUGUUAUUGGGAGAGAUUUUGAUAGAGAUAAAAUUAUCGACUUAUUGUUGCAUUAUAGUAAGGAAGAAAAUCUUUCAGUUGUUCCUAUAAUUGGAAUUGGUGGCCAAGGUAAGACGACAUUAGCUAAAAUGGUGUAUAAUGAUGAAAGGGUGGAGAAGAAUUUUCAAUUGAAGAUGUGGGUUUGUGUGUCUCAGGAAUUUGAUGUUACUACGUUGGCUAAGGAGAUUACUAGUUCUGCUACUGGUAGGAGUUAUGGUGACCUGACAAUGGAUCAAUUGCAAGCACGAUUGCGGAGGAGUUUAGGUGGUAGAAAGUUUUUGCUUGUUUUGGUUGGAGGGUUUGUGGCUUUGGGAAGUAAAUGUAAAAUUAUUGUAACUACAAGGAGUUCAAAAGUUGCUUCUGUUGUAGGCAAUGAUUUUGCAUACAAUUUGCCUGGUCUUUCCCAUAAGGAUUGUUUGUCUUUGUUUUUGAAAUGGGAAUUUAAUCCAGGACAAGAGAAGCAAUAUCCGAAUCUCAUAGAUACUGGGAAUGAGAUUGUAAGGAAAUGUGAAGGGGUUCCUUUAGCAAUUGAAGAGAAAUGGUUGCGUUUUGUUGAAGAGAAUGGGUUGCGUUUUGUGAAAGAACUAUGGUCGAGAUCUUUUCUCCAAGAUAUUGAGGAUCAUGGUUUCUUUUUUACCUGCAAAAUGCAUGAUCUUGUACAUGAUCUAGCUAUAUCAGUUGCGCAAAGUGAGUGCUCAACUGUAAACUUUCUCACCCCAUCUGUUGAUGAAAAGGUCCGUCAUUUAUCCUUUUCAGGCAGUAAUUUGCCAAGUCAACAAGUUCCUAAGUUCUUACACAAGUUAGAGAAGGUAAGAACUAUAUUUUUCCCAGUUAGGGGGAUGGGGCCUACUAGCGGAACAUUUAUUGACACCUGCAUGUCAAGAUUCAAGCACUUACGAGUGCUUAAUCUUAGCGAUUCAUGCUUUGAGACAUUGCCAAAUUCAAUUGGUACCUUGAAGAAUUUGAGAUACCUUGACCUUUAUAGGAAUCGGAAGCUUCGAAAACUCCCUAAUUCCAUUUGCAGGCUGCAGAAUUUGCAGACCUUAAGACUUGAAGAAUGUGAGAAGCUUGAAGAAAUUCCUAGAGAUAUCAAGCACACGACUCGCCUCAGGUUUUUGGAGAUACCUACAAAACAGACUUCCUUCCCAGAAAACGGUAUAGGAUGUCUCAGUUCUCUAAGAUAUCUGUCUUUGUUUGAAUGUGGAAAUUUGGAAAAAUUGUUUGAUGAUAUGCAGGCUCUGACAUCGCUUCGAACAUUGGUUAUAACUUCUUGCGGGAGUCUAGCAUCCUUACCUCGCGGUAUAAGGAAUCUAUCUGCAUUAGAGACUUUGGUUAUUGGAGACUGUGGAAAGCUUAAUUUGAUGGAGAUGGAAAAUACUGAAGAUUUCAAUCUGAGCCUUAGUUCAUCCUUAGUUUUUGAGUGCAAUUCCUCACUGCCUCACUGGCCCCAUUUCAUACAUCGGGUUCAAAAAGAAGGACCUUUUAGCAGGAGCUCUUCAAAGCUCCUCAUCAAAUUGGUAUUUCAAGACUGGCUCUCAGCAACUUUUGUUUCUCUUUUUAGCCUCAGCUGA